GUCAGUUAAACACAGUUUCAGAUUACCUUCAUUGACAGAAUCGAAAUAAUGAAGUCCGUCCAUACAUCCUUACGUAGUAUAUGUAUUCUCUUUGCAUACAUCGGGCCGCUUAAAAUUAGAUAAUAUUUGUGUUCUUAAUUAUAUACAGUAUAUAAAGACAUGAUAUGUGAUUGAAAACAAAUUAUUUUUGAGUAACUAAUUGCGAGGCUGGAUCUCGUAUUCUUAAUCAGAGGUUGUGACUAGUGUAUUCAAAAACAUGGAUAUAAAAAGUGAGGUUAUUGUUGUCGAAAAUUAUCAAAUAAAAAAAUCGAUAAAAAAGGCGCAUAUACCGAAAAAGGAGCGUAACGUAUUUAUACGUAAACAGGACAACACGGAGAGUAUAAUCUGUCAAACGUUUUCAAAUCGCAGACGGAAGAAAAGAGAAGUUAAUAUUAAGAGGGGGCGCGAUAUAAUAAAACUUUCUAGGGGAGAUAGUGAAAGAAUAGAAAGAAUUGUGCCUGGCUGUAUGCGAAGAACGUGUUAUUGUAAACAUAAAUUGCAUCGCAAAACAAAGGUUAAGAAAAGUCGAAAGAAAUGUAAAAGCAAAUGCAAGAAACAUAAAAAUACUACAAUAAAUAAAAAUAAUAUAUACGAAAAUAUUAGCUCGGACAGUUUUUAUAGCGAUUCCGAUAUCGAUGAAUUAAUACGCGCAACGAGAAAGCGUAUGAAAGCACAGUACUCGGAAUGGCCAACUCCAAUUUUUCACACAAGCACCCCCAUAGAGGAAGAUCUAGAUUCAACCGUCGAAUUAAACUCAAUACAUUCCUUGGAAACAGUUGUUUUAAACAACGUCGAAGAUUUCUGCUGGCCAAUGGAAAAUACAUUAACAAAUUACCCCUAUUCACCUUUAUUGAGCCCCAUCCGUUCAGUUAAUAUAAAAAAGGAAAGAAAUAAUAAUGACAUUGAUAAUACAAACUAUAGCCCAAGUAUGGCAAUAGAAGAUCUUAAAAUUGACAUUAAACCUGUAAAGAUUGAAAAAACUUACGACGACUCUUGUAGUCCUAUAAGUGACGAAUAUUUAUUUGACGUGGAAUAAGUUUAAGUUUAUAUUUAAUUUAAUUAAUUAUAAUUUAUAAGGAACAAAAA